GUCCACCCAUUAUUUACUCUGUUCAUUGCAGCCCUCACCAUGAUUUCUCUCUGUUGUGUGUCUGGUCGAGUGAUUUCUGGCUGUUGUAGGUCUCUACGUCGCCUUCAGCUCCAUGAUAUCCCCCACCGGCCCCUUCACCCCGCCAAACAAACCCGUCCACUUUCACAGUCAACCAAAAGCUCUCAAUAUGCCAACGGUUUCGAGGCUGCCAGAGCUCAAGCUCGAGAGAAGAACCGGACGACUCUGUAUUAUGGAUUGAGUGCGGGAAUCCUACUUCUAGCUCUUUCCUAUGCUUCGGUUCCUUUAUACAAAAUGAUCUGUCAACAAACAGGAUGGUCCGGACAACCUGUCAAGGCACACGAUUCCACCGGAGAUCCUGCUCUCCGCCUCAAACCCGUCGAAGACCACCGUCGUUUGCGAGUCACCUUCAACGGAUCCGUUUCCGACAUUCUCCCUUGGAAGUUCACGCCGCAGCAACGCGAAGUCCGGGUCCUUCCUGGCGAGACCGCUCUGGCUUUCUACACGGCCACAAAUAAAGGAGAUGCAGAUAUCAUCGGCGUGGCUACAUAUUCCGUGACACCUGCGCAGGUGGCGCCGUACUUUAGCAAGAUUCAGUGUUUUUGCUUUGAAGAGCAGCGGUUGAAUGCAGGCGAGACAGUCGACAUGCCUGUAUUCUUCUUCAUCGAUCCCGAGUUUGCCAAGGAUCCACAAAUGAAGGGAAUCGAUACCAUCACGCUGAGCUAUACCUUUUUCAAGGCAAGAUAUGACAAGAACGGAAUUUUGACUACUAUACCUAUGGCAAUGGCCGGGGUGUAAAAAAAGAACCAAAAGCUUCUGGCGAAAGGUAAAAGGACGAAUUCACCACCAACGCUCUCCCCUCUUGUCGAGCUCGCACGCCCUGCGCAGAUAUGGACCGCAACCGUCCCUAUCGACUCUUCAACCACUCAAUCAAGUCGUCCACGCCCCGGUCCGGGGGAAAAACAGGAUACCACCAUUUCACCACCUUGCCAUCCUGUAGCGCAAUCAUUGAACGCCUGAGGACCUUCUGACCUUCCCAGUCGAAUGUCGGUAGAUUCAAUCCUCUCUGGAAUUCCAGCUCCUCAUCACUCAGAAGAUCGUAGGGAAGGUGCAGCCGCUCGUGCACCUCCGCUUGGUACGAGGGUGAUUGGGUGGAGAUGCCGUAAAUGUGGGAGACUCCCAACGAGCGCAGUUCGGGCAGAUUGUCCCGGAAGGAGCAGGCUUGCGGCGUGCAUCCUCUUGCGCCUGGGAUGGAGUUCCAUGAGUCGGGGACGGUCUCGUUGGGUGCGCCUGGUCAAGAACCUCUCCUCAGUAUCGCGCCAAAGGGAUUCCGAGUGGCCAGGGCGAAAAAAGGAGGGCGCAGAGGAGGGUGGACAAAUACCUGUCCGCGGAUAACAAAACACCACCGUCAAGCCCUUCAAGUCGGCGAGAUUCACCCGCUGCGUCGGGACUCGUGCAACAGAGAGGCUGAGGGUGGAAGGGAUCAUGAAUCCGCUCAGAUGGUUGUAUGCACCGUCGUCCUUGGGGACGGGAAGGUCGGCUGGGAAUGUAGUGUCUGUGCAAAGAGGUCAGAGGUUGUCAGACGUUGGGUUCUGUACGGGAAGGGCGCAAGAUGCUGUGAGCGUCCUCGAAGGGAAAUCAAGGCGUUGGAACAACCACAAUGAGCGACACAGCGGUCCGCCCGGCAGACAAGCCUGACCGGAUGGCUGGACAGCUGUCAUUCGUGCGAGACUAUAUCAUGAGGUCCCUGCACCAGGACAACGUGGGAAGUGUCAAUAUACAUACGAGCCAUGUCUCGAUCUCUCCGCUCAAUGCUACUGUUCGUAUUGUUCUAACUCCAGCCGCGCAUCAGACGCACAUCCUUUUUGAUUCAG